UAUUAACGUUAAACUUUUUAGUUUCAGGAUAAGUUUAUAGUCAAUGUUUUUGCCAGCGUUUGCUUUGCGCGCAUGCUUUUACAAAGUGUAUAAAGAUAUAUAUAUUAUUUAAUUUCCACAAAAAUAGAGUUUAAAAUUUUGCUAAAUGAGCCGAAAUAAAAGUGUGAUUCUGAAUUAUAGAUAUUGUUAUUUUUUACAUGAUGAAUUUAUUCAAUUUCACACUUUUGAUAUUUUAUGGUGCAGGUUUUGCGUGGACAAUCUUUUCUGAAAGUACAAGAAGAGGUAUUACUAAAUGCUGAAUUUGUAUUUUUAACACAACAUGUCUUUAGAGCGUGGGAAGCGUCGCAAGUUCUUAUUGCUAGAAGAGUGCUAUGGCAAAAAGAUUUUGGAUGACAAUCGACCUAAUCCUUUGUAUAAUAAAAAUACUCUAGAAACUGAAGUUCAACUUGUUCCUGGGAGUUUAUUACAAGAAAUUAAAUCUGAUCAGGGAUCAUCUGUGUGUGUACAGUCAUUAGAUCAUGAUAAUGUUUACAUGCUAUGCAACAAUUCUGAUGUUCAUGAAUUAACUCCAUUUGAAGCUGAAGUUUUAGUUCCUGUUUCUCCUGUUAGAGACCGUUUGCGUGUACUUUCUGAUGAACAGUGGCUUAAGGAAGCUGCAAUGAUUGUUGAAGGUAGUAAUGUAAAUGUAGAUUUAGGUGCUGAUUUGGAUCCUGUGGAAGGCAUAGUACGUUACUGUGGCAUAGUUCCAGAACUAGGAAAAGGAAUUUUUUAUGGAAUAGAACUUUUGGAACUCUGUUUUUUUUUUUUUUUUUUUUCAAAAAUUCAAAUGAUGAUAGUUUUUCAAUAGUGAUGCAGUUUGUGAUCUACACUUUUAUUCAUUUCUUAGAUGAUGCCUCUGAAAUGCUGUCUUUAAAUAUGAAAAUUAAUACAAACCACCAAGAAUGCAUAAAUGAAAAUGAUUCUGUAAUGAAUUUAAUAACUCACUGAAUUUUUAAUUCCACUAAAUUUAAAUUUCAGUAGUUUCAUAAUUUAGUAAUAAUAGUUUCAUAAAAUAAAAAUUUCUAUAGCUUUCAUAUUCAAACAUGUGAUAAACUGGUAGGGAAAAGAAAUGAUUAAAAGCAUCAAUUUUAGUGACACCAUUCUAAAAAAUAAAUUACUAGCUAAAAACUGUAAAUCACAUACUACAUUUUUAUCCAAUUUUAAUAGAUUUUUUCCACUUUUAAUACACAAGUUUUCAAUUUACUGUCAAGUGAAAAUGAAGCUGUUGCAUUCUGUAAUGAAAGAAAUGUUUUACACUUCACCUGAAUUUGAACAAAUGCAUAUGAAAUGAAGUUAGGUAUCACACAAAAACCAUAUGGAGAUGCAAUGCGAAUAAUUGCUUUAAAAAGAUGGGACUUUGCAUCUACAAUUCUGUUGAUCUGGGAACUGGCACUGAUGUGCUAAAUAUUGAGACUAUGAGAUUUCACAAAGUAGAGUAAGAAAAAAUAUUGUGGUAUGGCUUAUCAACUUCUUAUGCAUAUCUAGUAGAGUUCAUGUCUGAGUUUUUGUGGUAGCAAAACAAAGGCUGUGAUAAUGUAUUUGAGAUAAUAUGUUUGAUGUCAU